AUGGCGUCGCAGCAGCAGCCCAGGAAGCAGGCCGCCACCAUGGGCCAGGAGGAGGGAGGCCAAGGCCAGGCGAUGAACCUGGAUGAGAUCGGCAAGUACCGCGUCGAGGCGCAGCAGCGGUCGGCGGACGCCAUCCGCGCCGCCGAGGAGCGCUUCAACAAGGCCAACAACCAGCAGCCGCGCGGGGCCGCCACCGUGGUCUCGUCGUAUCAGGAGACCACGAAGCAACCUGCGGCGGCGCAGCAUGGGGAGAGCCAGGGCCACGGCGGCCACGGUACUGACGCGCAGCGGUGGCUGGCUCAGACCGCGGCCGAUGCCAGGGAGAGGUGCAACAAGGCCGUGGGGACGAGCCCGGCCACCCACGCGCCGGCGGGCGGCGCGGCUCCGCACGACCACGGUAAGGAGGAGCGGGAGGGUGGCGGCCAAGCCCGCGCCCAUCUGACGCGGCAGGAGGAGAUGGGGUGGCCGGACGCGGAGGCCGCGCGCGCCGCGGUGGAGAAGCACGACAGGGGCGGCGGGGAGGCCGCGGGGCAGGGCGUCAAGGACAAGGCCGAGCGCGCGGCCGGCGCCACGGCGGACCACGCCGCGGCGAAGGGCGCCGAGGCCAAGGAUGCCGGCGCGCGCGGCGCGCAGGCCGCGGCGGGGAAGGCCCGGGAGGCCACGGGGACGGCGGCCGCGAGGACCAGGGACGCCACUGCCGGCGCGGCCGGGACGGCCGCGGAGUACGCGAAGCAGGCGGCGGCGAAGGCCAGGGACGUGACGCUGGGCACCGGCGAGGCGGCCGCGGAGUACGCGAAACAGGCGGCGGCGAAGGGCAAGGACGCGACGCUGAGCACCGGUGAGACGGCCGCGGAGUACGCGAAGCAGGCGGCUGCCAAGGCCAGGGACGUGGCGCUGGGCACCGGCGAGACGGCCGCGGAGUACGCGAAGCAGGCGGCGGCGAAGGGCAAGGACGCGACGCUGAGCACCGGCGGGGCGGCGGCCGAGUACGCAAAGCAGGCGGCCGAGAAGGCGAAGGAGGCGGCGGUGGCGACCGCGCGAACGACGGCCGGGUACACGCAGCAGGCGGCGGCCAAGGCCAAGGACGCGACGGUCGCCACGGGCGCGCAGGCGGCGCACAAGGCGACGGAGGCGACGGCGGGCGCCGCGCGCCGGGUGGCGGAGUACGCCAGGGAGAAGGCGGAGCAGGGGAAGGAGCGCGCCGCGCGCGCCGCCGACCAGGCGGAGGAGCCCGGCCGCAUCGCCGCCGCGGGGGCCGACGACUCGGCGUCCCAGGCGGCGGACAUGACCGGGAAGCAGGGGGAUAGGGCCAGGGACACGGCCGGCGACGUGGCGCGCGGGGCAGGCGACACGGUCGCGCAGGCCAAGGACACGGCGAAGGACGCGGCCGGAUCCGUGGCGCGGAAGGCGAGCGGCACGGCCGGGCGCGCCAAGGGCACGGCGGAGGACGCGGCCGGCGGCGCGGCGCGGAGGUCGAGGGACGCCGCCGCCGAGGCCAGGGACAGGACGAAGGACACCGCCUCACACGCGGAGGAUAAGGCUGCGGAGGUGAAGGACAGGGCGUCGGGGACCGGCAAGGCGGCCGCCGGCGGCGGCGGCGGUGCCACGACGAAGGCGAAAGGCGGCGCCGGCGAGGAGGAGGGCGCGGGGGGCACCACGAUCGUGGGCGACGUGCUGGAGGCGGUGGGCGCGACGGUGGUCGGGCUCGCGCAGCAUGCCAAGGGGCUCGUCGCCGGUGAGGAGCGGCUCGUCCCGGUCCAAGGCGAGGAGGCGAAGGCCGCCGGGGGAGCCGAGGAAGAAGAGAAGCGCAAGAAAGCUUGAUGGGGAGGCGUCGCUCUGCUUCCCGGCUUCGCCGGCGAAGCUUUGGGUUCGUCGUGUGCUGGUUUCGCGACGCGUCGGCAAGGUGUAUAGUAGAAUAACGU